AUGUUCCGAAAGAUCCACUCAGCCUUUCACUCCAGCCCACAGCGGAGGGCUGAGGUGGCCCAGAGCCCCUAUUACGACCGAGCUGGCUCGGGGGUGCGGCUGAUUCGUAGCAGCUCCAUGUACGUGGUGGGAGACCACGGAGAGAAAUUCAGCGAGACCUUGAAGAAGUACAAGAGCACAGGCAGCAUGGACAGCAGUCUGUACUACUUGCAGCAGGAGGGCGACCGCGCGUGGAUGUAUUCUCGAACCCAGGACUGCCUGCAGUACUUACAGGAGCUGCUGGCCCUGCGCAGAAAAUACCUCAGCAGUCUCAGCGAGCUGACGCCCCAUCGGGCCAGGGUCCCUUCCUCCACCUCCUCCACCUCCUCCAAGUCCUCCAAGGGAGGCAAAAAUGCCCUGGCCCAUUCCACCUCCAAGGAGAUAAAGAAGGCAGCUGCCAAGAAAUACUCGCAGUUCAGCGCGGACGUGGCAGAGGCCAUGGCCUUCUUUGACUCCAUCAUAGCCGAGUUGGACACGGAGAAGCGGCCUCGCACUGCUGAGCUGCAGCCACCCAAUGAGGAUGUGGACUUCGAUGUGGCCACCAGCUCCCGAGAACACAGCCUGCACUCCAAUUGGAUCCUGCGGGCACCUCGCCGUUGCUCAGAGGACAUGGCUGUGGCUGGGCACAUGACAGACAGUCAGCUUCGAAAGGGCAUAGAGUGCAGGACUCUGGGCACUCAGAGGAGACUUGAGAGGCACCCCAUUUACUUGCCCAAGGCUGUGGAAGGAGCAUUCAACACCUUAAAAUUUAAGCCCAAAGCUUGCAAAAAAAGCCUGGGGAGCUCCAGACAGAUCCUCUUGAACCUCACUGGAGAUGACAUGGACUGGGAUGCAGAGCUCUUUGCAUUGGAGCCCUUGGCAUCUGCAGGAGAGGAUGCCUAUGAGCCAGAGAGUCCCAACGGGCAGUGGUUACUUCAAGAACGCCUGUGGGAGCGGACGGUGCCCUGA